CUAAUCAAAGCCCUAUUCCUCUCCUGGUAUGUUUUGGCACGCGCCAUGGAUGAAAGUAGAGAAUGCUAGAAACAAAACUCAGCAGCAGCCACGGAAGAGUGAAUGGAGUGGGUUUGACCAAGUGAUUCCUUCCCCCAUCUCUGCAACCUCCCGUUGUCAUUAACUCAUAGCCUUAUCUUUCCUUUCCUCAUCAACCAGAACCCAGAAAAGAAAACCUAUCGAUCUUGAAUGAAAAAAGAAAAAUGCAUAGACACAAAAUGAAGAUUGCUUUAGAGCUUGCCUGUUUCAUUUUCCUAGCUGCCCUUUCUUUUACCUUAGCUGCCUCACCUUCAGCUUCCACUAACUCAUCUGCAAAAUGCCCAAUGGACCUCAACUAUGUAACAAGAAUCCCAUGGAACUCAUCCAUGUGCCGCAACUUUCACCCCAACUUAGCUUCCAAAGCUGAAAUUGCAAAACAAAAUUGUUGCGUAUCUCUACUAUCAGUCUUUGGUAUUGGACUUGCCCAACAUCUUAAAGAAACCUCUCUCUUUCAGCUACCAAAUUUGCCCACUUCUGUUUCUUGCCUCCAAGAUUUCCAGUCAAAGCUCAACUCUCUCUCUCUUCCUGGUAACCUUGCUUCCCUUUGUUUUGAGCCUAUGCAGUUUGUGAUUACACCUGAUCUUUGUGCCCACAUACAAACAACCCAAGAUUGGGUUGCCAAGCUAGGGGAAUCUACUGCACUUGACCAGGGCUGCAGGCCUGAUCUCGGUGAUCUUACUGCUUGUGAUACUUGUCUUCGUGCUGGUAACGAAGUUCAUACUAAGUUGGUCUCUCUUGAUGGUAAUGCAAAUCAUUCUACUGAUUGUUUUAAUUUUGUUGUUCUUUAUGCUGCUGGAAUUGCUAAUGAGUUUGGACCUGAAAGUGAUGGGACUGUGGAAUGUGCUUUUGCAUUAACUUUGAAUGAACAAUCCAAUUCAGCCGGUGGAAGACGUUCAGUCCUUGUUUUUGGCUUAACUGGAGCUGGGGUUGCACUUUUUGUUACGUUUAGCUUGUUGGGUUUGUACUUUUGGUAUGAAAAGAAAUUUAAAAAGAAAAAUAUCGGUGGCUCUGAUUCUAUUUUUUACGAUUUAGAGGAGCAAGAGUCUAGGCCAAAAUUGAGGCCCAAUACAGGUUCAAUUUGGUUCAAACUUCAUGAUCUUGAGAAGGCGACGGAUAAUUUCUCACAGAAGAAUUUUAUAGGGAGAGGAGGGUUCGGUUUUGUUUACAAAGGGGUUUUACCUGAUGGGACGGUGGUUGCGGUUAAGAGGAUUAUAGAAUCAGAGUUUCAAGGAGAUGAAGAGUUUUGCAAUGAGGUUGAGAUUAUUAGCAAUCUGAAGCAUAGGAAUCUUGUGUCACUUAGAGGGUGCUGUAUCAUUGAUGGUGAUGAAAACUAUGGUGAGGAAGGGAACCGAAGGUAUCUUGUCUAUGAUUAUAUGCCAAAUGGAAAUCUUGAUGACCAUUUGUUCCCAUCAAAAGUGGAAAGUAAACCAUUGAGCUGGCCUCAGAGGAAGAACAUAAUUUUGGAUGUGGCAAAGGGGUUAGCUUAUUUGCACUAUGGCGUGAAGCCUGCAAUAUAUCAUAGAGAUAUUAAGGCCACGAAUAUAUUGCUUGAUGGUGAUAUGAGAGCAAGAGUGGCAGAUUUUGGGUUGGCGAAGCAGAGUAAGGAAGGUCAGUCUCACCUCACUACUAGAGUGGCUGGAACUCAUGGAUACUUGGCCCCUGAAUAUGCUCUUUAUGGGCAGUUGACUGAGAAGAGUGAUGUUUAUAGUUUUGGUGUGGUUGUUUUGGAGAUAAUGUGCGGGAGAAAAGCUCUUGAUUUGUCGUCAUCAGGCUCACCUCGUGCAUUUUUAAUAACAGAUUGGGCUUGGUCAUUGGUGAAGGCAGGAAAAAUAGAGGAGGCUUUGGAUCAUUCCUUGAUCAAUAAUGGGGAUUCUGUGAGUUCAAAUCCAAAGGCUAUAAUGGAGAGAUUUCUGCAGGUUGGCAUCUUGUGUGCUCAUGUAAUGGUAGCUUUACGGCCUACCAUUUCGGAUGCACUGAAAAUGUUAGAAGGUGAUAUUGAAGUUCUUGGGAUUCCAGAUCGACCAAUGCCUCUUGGACACUCUAAAUUUUAUGGUGAUGGCAAUGCUUUCAGCAUCUCACCAACAUUAAGUGGACCACGACUGUGUACGGGAGACAUGCUCAGAGCUCAGCUGCAAGCUCCAUAGCUUCAAAGAGAGGCAUGUGGGAAAUCGGAAUACAGAACACCAUGAGCACGCUUUUCCACACAGGUUGAAGCUUUGUCGUUGGCAAAAACUAGAGAAAUGGAAGAGCUUUGCGUGCUCUUUUGUGCGUGCAUGUGUGUAUGUGUGCGGGCGAAGCGAAUUGCAGCUGUGAGACUGCUCAGUUUGGGUUUCUAUGAAUGCAUGUAGAAAAAUACUACUAAAAAUUACAGAACAUCUUUACUUCUUGGUUGAGAGAUGAGAACUGCUCCGCCAAAGAGAUUGUGCCAUUUUGGAUGGUGCCUUCGGUGCCAACCUUUUUCGAAGCUGAAAAAGGAUGGAAGUUAUAUCAUUAUAACUCCUCAACUUCUGGAUCAGGCACUGAGAAUGCUGGUAAGAUAUUCUGGUUCAUCCAUUGCCUUUGAGCAGCCAAGGGUUGCCUGCUAAAUACUUUGUUAUGGCAUUCAUGGGUGUCAAUAGUUAUAUCAUUUGUAGUUGAUUGAAUGGAUUUUGAAACAGCAGAAGCCAUGAUGGAAGUCAUUUCAAGAAGUUAUCUGCUACACUGUCCUCUCUAGCAGAUGGGUGUUGGUCUCUUAUCUUGCUGAUAUUUUCUAGAAUUAUUGUUAUGUUCCUUUGUUACAAAAUUUUAGAGAAAGGUUGAAGACAGAUUUGUUAUUGGGGCAAUUGGAGUUCAAAUUCCUGAAACCUUGCCGCUGCUCUCAUACUUUCAAAAUAAGAUAGGAGAAGACUGUUGCCAGCUCUCAUCUGGUCUCACUUGGUCAUAUUUUCAAACUAGAAUCCAUCUUUUUUCUUUUCUUUUCCGGCCAUCGAAACGUUAAUGUCGCCGUAGCUAGCAUCCAUCUUCCGACUCGUUUACAUGUGUUCGCUCCCUCUGUUAUUACCAAGAAUUCUCCAGAAAUUCUAACCCUGACUCUAAGCAACCCUACCAUUUCUAAGAACACGAACUCUACCCGAGAUUUCUUCCUAAAAGGUGCGAAAAUGCUCCUGUGAUUGAGUGCUAGGAAAGAACUGCUGAUCCUUGAGUAAUGCGGGUAUUUUAGCAGACCAAUGCUUUCCAGACAGAUCCGAUUUCUUCGAGUUUCUGAGAUAAGAUAUCCCUAAUCUUCAAGAUUAGUGAGAAUUAGGUCUUGCAAUUUUCUUUGUCAUAAUUAAGCGUUAGAAUUCCCGGAAAAUGAAAUAAAAUGGAGGAAUAAGAGGCUGUGAAGGCUUAUAGUCCAAUCACAUAGCACCACGUCAUGCAAUGACGUGUUUCUCACAACACCGAUGCUCCAUUUCAAAACCGUAGAUUUCCCAAAAUAUCCUUGGGUCUUUCUAUGCAAAGACGAUGCAGCCGUUAAAAGACCCGGCUUUUUUCCAACCUUUUAGCCCUUUUGCUUAAGAAGUCUUCCCCGAUGGUCGUCUCCCUCAUUGUUUCUUCACUCAUUACCAAACUGAGACUAUUACUCUCUGAUCUCUAAUUGCUCAUCAAUGUUGGAUCUAUUUGAACCUGAAAUUCUAUAGAAAUAAUUGGAAAUUCCCAUUUG